UAAAAAUAAAUAAAUAGCUACAAUACAUGUAAUUAUAAGAUGGAAAAAAAUAAACUAAAAAACCUUCCUAAGGACAAAAACAGAUAAAGAUUCUACCUGAACAACUCUUGUGCCAAGAAUUUUUCCUAAAGUUAUUACUAAAAAAACUAAAGAAAGAUAAAGAACAGAGAGAGAAGUCAUAGUAAGUAGCGAGUCGGAGUCCCUGGUGGAGGGAGAAAGGGCGAUCUGGGGUUUCGAUUUUUGUCGAAGAUAUCAGAUAUGGCGGGGCCGAAUAUGGAUAUGUUCGAAGCUUACUUUAGGAAAGCGGAUUUGGAUGGCGAUGGCAGGAUCAGUGGAGCUGAAGCUGUCGCCUUCUUCCAAGGCGCUAAUUUGCCCAAACAAGUUCUUGCUCAGAUAUGGAUGUAUGCUGAUCAGACCAAAACUGGUUUUCUUGGCCGCCCAGAAUUCUUUAAUGCUCUUAGACUUGUGACUGUGGCACAAAGUAAGCGAGAUUUAACACCUGAAAUUGUCAAGGCAGCAUUGUUUGGUUCUGCUGCUUCCAAAAUCCCUCCCCCACAAAUUAAUCUACCAGCUUUAUCCGCUCCACAACCAAAUGCUCUCACAGCUGCCCCAUCCCCCAUCCCCCAACAGAUGGGAUCAGUUGCACCGCCAUCGCAAAAUUUUGGGUUUAGGGGCCCAAGUGUUUCUAAUGCCAACUUUAACCAGAGCUUUUCCUCCCAGCAAAAUCAGUUUGUGAGGCCGCCCCAAGCCAUACCUACAAGUACAGGUCGUAUGGUGGCUCCCAAUGUCCUGAACUCCAGUACCUCAAAUGAUUGGCUUGGUGGGAGGUCUGGGGCUCCCCCUACUGGUCCUAGAGGGAUAACUCCUGCAUCGCCUACUAUACCCAGAUCACAAGCUCUAGUUUCUACGCUUUCCCAACCAGCAGUUACUGACCCAAAAGCACUAGUAGGUUCUGGAAACGGGUUUGCUUCCACUUCAGGUUUUGGUGGUGAUUUUAAAGAAGACUCUUCUAGGUCUCUGUAUUCUGCUAAUAGUGCUUCUGCCUCAUUGGCCGUCAUACCAGUUUCUAGUGCACCCCAGUCUUCCAGUAAAACCAGUUCACUUAAUUCAUUGCAGGAUGCAUUUGCCAUGCAGCCUGCAGCCAAUCAAUUCCAGCGGCCACAAGCACCUUUGAACCCAAGCCAGCAAGCUGUCCCUGGUUCUUCCUCUUUCACAUCAUCUGGUAUUUCAGUUGGAGUGGGAACCACCACUCCAGGAAACUCUCAGCUUCCUUGGCCAAAGAUGAAACCAUCUGAUGUCCAAAAGUACACUAAAGUGUUUAUGGAAGUAGACACUGACAGAGAUGGAAGGAUCACUGGUGAACAGGCUCGAAAUCUAUUUUUGAGUUGGAGGUUACCAAGAGAGGUGUUAAAACAGGUGUGGGAUUUAUCUGAUCAGGACAAUGACAGCAUGCUUUCGUUGAAGGAGUUUUGCUUUGCUCUUUAUUUGAUGGAACGGUUUAGGGAAGGCCGCCCUCUUCCAGCUGCUCUUCCAAACAAUGUAUUAUUUGAUGAGACCUUGUUGUCAUUGACAGGUCAACCCAGGGCCCCUCAUGGCAAUGCAGCUUGGAGUCCAAGCCCUGGAACUAGUUUUGGACAGCAGCGACAAGGGAUGCCAGGUCCUCAGCCGAUGGGGCCUAAUGUUAAUUUGAGGCCAACAGUGCAAGAAAAUGCUCCUAGGCAAGAUGGAGUGCAAUCAAAUCAGCAAAGUUCAAGAGCAUCUGCUUUUGGCGACUUGUUUCCAGAUCAACGUGACAAUGGGCAUCAGAGCUCUGCUGUAUCAAAACCUGAAGAAACAGCAGCGACUGGGCAAAAGGUUGAAGAACCAAAGAAUGUCAUAUUGGAUUCCAGGGAAAAGAUUGAGUACUACCGCACAAAAAUGCAGGAACUUGUUCUAUACAAAAGCAGAUGUGAUAAUAAAUUAAAUGAGAUUACAGAAAGGGCAUCUGCAGAUAAGCGUGAGGCUGAGUUGCUGGGGAAGAAAUAUGAAGAAAAGUACAAGCAAGUGGCAGAGAUAGCAUCUAAAUUAACAAUCGAGGAUGCUACUUUUCGUGAUAUUCAGGCAAGAAAAAUGGAACUGCAUCAAGCAAUUGUCAAAAUGGAACAGGGAGGCAGUGCUGACGGUAUCCUUCAGGUCCGUGCUGAUCGUAUACAAAAUGAUCUCGAGGAGCUUUUGAAAGCUUUAACUGAACGUUGCAAGAAACAUGGAUUACAUGUUAAGUCCAGUGCAAUAAUUGAACUUCCUAAAGGCUGGGAACCCGGCAUUCAAGAGGGAGCAGCUGUUUGGGAUGAGGAAUGGGAUAAGUUUGAAGAUGAAGGAUUUGUGAAUGACCUCACAAUUGAUGUGAAAAAUGGGCCUGUUAGUCCAACAUCUCAAUCAGCUUCUGUUCAGAGGGAAAUACUCUCUGCCGAUGGUGCCCUUGAGAAUGAAUCAAUAUUGUCCCAUAAUGAAGAUGAAUAUGCAAGAAGCUUUCAUGAUAGUCCAGCUGCAGUAGAAAGUCCGACUCAAGAAUUUUCAGACGCUCAUUAUGGUAAAGGUUCAGAAGCAGAUGCAGAAACUCAUAGAAGCUUUGAUGAAUCAACAUGGGGUGCUUUUGACAAUAACGAUGAUGUUGACUCCAUUUGGGGAUUUGAUGCUUCAAAAACCAAUGAUUUGGAAUCUGAGAAGCAUAGAGAUUUCUUUGGUUCAGACAGUUUUUCAAUUGACCCAGUGAGAACGGGAUCUCCUAAUGCAGAAAGCACCUUUCAGAGAAAAAGCCCUUUUACUUUUGAUGAUUCUGUGCCUGGCACACCACUUUCCAGGUUCGGCAACUCACCAAGGUACAGUGAGGCAGGGGAUCAGUACUUCGACAAUUUCUCGAGGUUUGAUUCCUUCAGCACACACGAUGCCGGAUUUUCUUCUCAGCCCGAUAAGCUCACUCGAUUUGACUCCAUAAACAGCUCGAAAGACUUCGGCCACAAUUCCUUCUCGAGGUUCGACUCCAUGGGCAGUUCCAGAGAUUUUGGUCAGCACCCUCAGAGGUUGACGAGGUUUGACUCCAUAAACAGCACAAAAGACUUUGGCGGAGGCAGCAUUAGUGGUGGUGGUGCCUUCUCAUUCGAUGACACAGAUCCAUUUGGCUCCUCGGGUCCAUUUAAGGUCUCAUCUCCUAAGAAAAGUUCUGAUAAUUGGAAUGCAUUCUAGUUGAUCUUCUAUUGUUUGUGCUAUGCAAUUUCCUGAUUUUGUUGUGCUAAUUAAAGUUCUUCUUGUAUUAUUUACUUUGUGUGUUGUUGUAUAGCUUGCAAUAGUUGAAUUAGUUCUACUGUUUUCUUAAAAAAAAAAUAGCUCUGUUGUUUUUGCUUGUA